AUGGCUGUUACACAUUCUAGUCUUCAGCAGAUGAUGGACGAGAUGGCAGAGGACAAAUCAGUGGCUUCCUUGGAGAAGACGAGCAGCAUCAAGGUUGACCAUCGAACCACCCGCUCCUUCGCCAACGCAGCUCUACAGAUAUUCAUUCGCCGUAUCGCGUUUCUUCUGAUGAAACAAAAGCUCCCUCAACCCGAAGGAUCACCGCAACUGAAGCCACAUAGAUACGCAGACGAACGAACUCCGGUGGUCGAGGAAAAAGUAGGAGACAUGUGGACAUACAGGUUUAUAAACGACUGCGCGGGAAUGGAUCGCCCAAAGGCUUCGCAUACGUUAUGCUACUUUGCUGGUGGAAGCUUCACGUCUCCAGCUGCUAAAGAACACUGGCUUCUAUGUUCGGAGCUUGCAGUCAAACUUCCUGCAUACCGAGUGCUACUUGUUAGCUAUCCUUUGGCGCCAAACCAGCCGGCCGAGAAGGCACUACCGGCACUUCACCGAUUCUACCAUACUCUGGAGGCGCAAUGUGUGAAGGACAAGACUUGGUUGACUUUUGCUGGGGAUUCCUCUGGCGGAAAUGUUGCUUUGACACUGGGACUAUAUGCCGCCUCGUCAUAUCUAAACUCCAACAAGAGAGACACUUGUCGACUUCGCAACGUCUUUGUGAUAUCUCCACCCACCGACUUCCGAAAUGAAAACCCCGCCAUUGACGAAGUAGCCCGGCAAGAUCCGCUACUGAGCAGGAAGACUAUCGACGACGCUGCGAAUGCAUGGCGAGGUGAUUGGCCUGCGGCAGAACCACAGGUGUCUCCUAUAUUUGCAGACUUGAGUCUUUUCAGAUCUGCCCAUAUCAAAGUGGACGGGGUUGUAGCUGGAUAUGAUGUGCUGGGUCCGGAUGCGACUGUAUUUCGAAAGCGUCUAGCUGAGGUUGGGGUCCGUGGUGACUGGCUAGAAUGGGAUAAGCAAGUGCACUGCUUCCCUUUGAUGUGGUCAUACCAUAUCAAGGAAGGCAAGGCCGGGAAAGACUGGUGUCUGGACGUCCUUCAAAGAAACGCUCACUUUGUCGAUCGCUCUGAUACAGGAAUACCAUGA